CUUUGCUGGCUAAACUUCUGAGGGGGCAGCGCAGCAGCUAGGUAUAAACCUCAAAGCUCCUCAGACACAGCUCAGCCUUUGCUGCAGUGGUAAACAAGCACUGCACACUUGGAUUUCCAAGUGCAGGUUUGUGUGCACUUGCUGUGGCUGGUGCGGUGGGAAGCUCUUCACUGGGCCUGUUCUCGGCUCUUCCAGUGGAAGGAUUAGGAGGUCAGAUCUCUUUUUCUCAACCUGUGUCCUCUGCUGCCCACAGCCAUGGGGAAGUCUUCUUCUAAAGCUGAUGAAAAGGCCUACAAUAUGGCCUCCAGCUUUAAUGAAUUCUUCAAGACUUUCAAGAUGCAAAGCAAAGUCAUUUCUGAGGAGACUAUCAAUUCAAUUCAGUUGCUUAUACAGCAAGGGGAUAUACAACAGACAGUUUCUGCAAUCAAUGCUGCUUUGACAGACAUUGAGAAUGCCCCCCUGAGCAUUGCAGUGACAGGGGAGACUGGGGCAGGAAAGUCCACUUUCAUCAAUGCCCUGCGGGGAAUAGGGCACGAAGAGAUCGGUUCGGCUAGGAAUGGAGCAGUGGAGAUAACCAUGGAGAGAGAGAAAUACACCCACCCCAAGUUCCCUAAUGUGGCCAUCUGGGAUCUCCCUGGGGUCGGGACAAGUAAGUUCAAACCUGAAGACUAUCUGAAGAAAAUGAAGUUCCAGGAAUAUGACUUUUUUCUUAUCAUCUCAGCUACUCGCUUUAGAGAGAAUGAUGCCCAGCUGGCCAAAGCUAUUAGAAAAAUGCAAAAGAGGUUCUAUUUUGUUCGAACAAAAAUUGACAGUGAUUUGUAUAAUCAGAAAAGAUGCACACCCAAGGCCUACAAUGAGGAAAAAAUCCUGAAGGAUAUCCGGAAAAACUGUGAGGAGAAGCUCCAGGAGGCCAGCGUAGACUCCUCCCAUGUCUUCUUAGUCUCCAGCGUUGAGGUGGCACAGUUUGAUUUUCCUCAGCUGGAGGCCACCCUUCUGAAAGAGCUGCCAGCACACAAGCGUCACAUCUUCAUCCAGUGCCUCCCUAACGUUACCGAGGCUGCUAUUGACCGCAGGAAAGAUGUCCUGAGACAGAAGAUCUGGCUGGAGGCCCUGAAGCAUGGCGCCUUGGCCACCAUCCCCAUGAUGUCCUUCUUCAAGGAUGACAUCGAGGAGCUGGAGAAGACCCUGCUCCACUACAGGGCUUGUUUUGGGCUGGAUGACACGUCGCUGGAAAACAUGGCCAGGGAAUGGUCCCUGCCUGUGGGGGAGCUCGAGUCCAUCAUGAAGUCACCCUAUUUGUUGUUAGCUGAGACAGAUGAGUCUGUGGGAGAAAAGCUGGUGAAAUACAUGGAGAAGAUUUUUUCUGUCACCGGUGGAUUAGUAGCCACUGGCCUUUUCUUUAGGAAGAGUUACUACAUGCAAAAUUACUUUCUUGACACAGUGGCUGAUGAUGCUAAAAUUCUGCUUAAGAAAAAAAUCUUUUUGGAGGGGGGUGUGGACUCUGAAUAAAGAUGGGGAGACUGAGGCAGCUGGGCCUGCGACUUAGGUGAUGCUAGCGUUUUCAGGGCACUGUGGGGUGACUUACGUUGUUCCCGAAGCACCCUGACCAGGCUGUGAUAUCUCUUAGGCUUUGUGAUGCUUGUACAAAUAGAGGCACCGGCAUUAUGUUAUGUCACACCCAGCAUGAAUCUCGUGAUGAUGUCACUAUUAACUUGGAUACAAAAGCUUUCGAAGUUUGUUUGUUAGUUUUGUUUAGACAGGGUCUCACUAUAUAGCCAUGGCUGUCCUGGAACUCCUUCUGUAGAUCCAGCUGUCCUUGAACUCACACAGAAAUCAUCCUACCUCUGCCUCGUGAGUGCUGGGAUUACAGGUGUGCACUACCACACCUGGAAGAAAUGAUUUUUUUUAAAAAAUACAUAUAUCCAAGGCUUCACUUGGCUUUGAGCUGCUCUGCUGAAGCACUCCCAGGCUGACUGAUGCAUUUGUUCCUUUUAAAGUUGUCCUGUGUGCAGUUCAUGUAAUAGAAUUCGACAAAAACAAAAGGGGACCAUUGCCCGAGUGAAAGUGUUUGCUGCAGCACUACUUCAGAGGUGCAGGGACACCAGACAGGGAUGUGUAGUCUGAGGUUUGCACACCAGAGUCCUCCCAUGUUAAAAGAGAACUUGUGCAUGAAUCCGUGAGGCUAGGAAAUAAGAGGAAAGACAUUAGUGAUCAAAGCGGAAAUCUGCCCAAAACACAGAAGUUUCUUAGCCAUGGGGGAAGAUAUUCACUCUCCCAUCCAGUGGCAGAAAUGUAAAUUAGAAGCCAUGCCACUCUUAACUCUUAAUUGUGUGAAGUUGAAUUUACGAAGGAGAACGUAGAUCAACAAUUUCUGUGGCUGCAGCGUUGGUGUCAGCACAAAAAAUCACGAUGUAGCCUGUGACACGGGCAGUGAUGUGGCCUCUGAGGAAAUUACGCCCACAAUUACUCUUAGACACUAAACAUUGCAAAAUGCUGGUUUGGUUCCCAGCAUCCAUGUCAGGCAGCUCACAACCCCAGAGCCAGGGGAUCUGACACCCACUACUGGUCACCAAGCGCACCUGCACUCACAAGCGUAUGCCCUCAUACAGACACACAUACACAUUAGUAAGCAUGAAAAGAAAUCCUCAAGAAAAUGUUUCUCGAUAGAAGGUGGGGCAGCCAGACUAUUGCCUGUCAACUAGACAGAAGAUGAGGAUUAGUGCCUGUUGCCCUAUAUUAUCCUUGCUGGAUGCAAUCACUAGAUGUAGACACAGUUUGAACAGUACAUCACUGCUGAUCCAUGCAAAUUCAAGACAAGAGCAUAUUUUCAUAUAUCUCCUAAAGAAUACAGUUGUGUUAUUUUUAAGUAGAGGUAUAGUAUUGCCUAGAGGUGCAGAAUGAAUGCUAGACUUUAAUGAAUAGAUGUGGCCAUCCAGACAGGUGGUGGUGGCACACGCCUGUAAUUCCAGGAGGCAAUCUGAGCUCCAGGUCAGCCAGAGCUACACAGAGAAACCUUGUUGUGAAAAAUAAAGACCAAAAAGAGAUAUGGUCAUCUAAAUAGCUGCGUAAUUAAAACUUAAAAGAUGACAUUUCUAGGAGUAGAAUAAGAAAUGAAAUAAAAAUGGCAUGAGCAAAGAUUAUUUUAAAUGAAAGAUUGAAAAAAAAUACAUUCAAAAGAAAGUAAACUUCUAGUUGAAUAUAUCCCAAGGGUAUGACUAAAACUAAGAAAUCUUAAGCUUGACAAUAGCAGUCAGAGCAUCAUUGCUUGACUAGGGGUGUGGUAUACCGUCACAUAAUGAAGCCAAUAACGUUAAUAUCACAGAGUAACGUGAAUUUCAGCAGAAUAGACGAGGCAUGAAGGGUGGCUGGAGAGAUGGCUCAGCAGUUAGGAGCAGUUGCUGCUUUUGCAGAGGAUCCAAGUUUGUUCUGAGUGCUUUGAUUGGAUGGCCCACAACUGCCUACAGCUCUGGUGCCCUCUGACCUCCACAGGUUCUUACAUACACUUAGCCAUUCACAUAUGUAACACAGUUACAAAAAAUACCAAGAAAGAAAGCCGAGUUCUAACUGUGUACUAAAAUGCCCUUCAGCAGUGUCUGUUCUCCCCAGUGGACAUGCCUAGACCAUGCUCGGGACUUAGAGCUCUGCAGUGUAUAGACCCCAGGAACCGUCAAAGCUGGAGCUGUGCCAGAGGAAGUGGAACGUAGCUUGAGACUGACAAGUUCGGGAAACUGAAGCAUGAGGUAAAACCAACGAUGCCAUGGUAAAACUGAGCUCCAGCGGUUAACUCUGAAACAUGCUAAGUAAACUGUAUGAAAAGGAAGAAAUCAACGAGAACUGUUUAUUGUCAUUGAAGUGUUUAACUUGCCUGUAUAGAUUAUACACUAUUUUUUUUUUUUGAGACAGGGUUUCUCUGUGUAGUCCUAGCUGUCUUGGAACUCACUCUGUAGACAAGGCUGGCCCUGAACUCACAGAGAUUUGCCUGCCUCUACCUCCCGAGUGCUGGGAUUAAAGGCAUGUGCUACUACUACAUGACCAAACUGUAUUUUUUAAUGUCAGUUAUGAAUCAAUAAAGUCUGAGAAAAAGGAAA